AUGUCGAAGCCGGAAAAGGCAACUCGGCAAGGCCACACCGACACGGAGUCUCCGGCGGACGAGACGGCAGUCCCCAUGCCUGCUGGACCACCGCCGAAGCUGCGCAUCGACUUCCCUCCCGUACGAUCAGCGGAUGAGAUGGCGAAAAAGCAGCGCGCUGCGGUUAAGCAAGAGGAGAUCCGCGACGAUAUGGAGAACGACAUCCCCCCUGUCAUCCGAAGUGUAUUGGAGCUGUCGCACUUGAUGAUGAGUGGCCACAGCCGGUGGCUGCGCGGCUCACCGGGGUACCAGGGCGGCCUCUCCCACAAGGGUAAACCUUUCUGCUUCGCCAGCGGCUACCGCGACUCGCUGCGACCGCUGGAUAUCGAAGACAAGGGAAACCACAUGAAGCUGAAGGACCCGCUGGUGUACGGUACCCUUUCGCUGCCCAUCACGGCGGCCUACCUGUGCGAUCUGCACGGAAGAGGCAUCUUUGACCUGCAGAGGCCGAUCGUUGAGUACCUCCCAGAGCUGCAGGGGAAGCUGUCGGAGGAGGUGACGGCGCGCAGCAUCUUGUCCUUCACACACGGAGUCGAGGAUGCGGAUUUGCUGAAGGACGCCGGUGUGCAUCCGUGGAGGUCGUUCUGCUCCCCCUCCCUCUGUGUCAGCACGCACACGCACCUUUACGAGCCCAUCAACCGCUUCUUGGCGGGGGGAAGGACGGCGUCCUCCGCCACGGCACCCGCCCUUACCGGUCAGCGGCAGCGGGCCAACCUCGUGCAGUACGUCUGCUCCUCGCGCCGUAUCACCCACAACUUUUGCCGCUCGCUUCGCCGUGCCCGCGUUAGCCACAGCUCGGUCGCACUGCUUCUGGCGGCGGUGGAGACGCAGCUGAAGGGGCGCAGCUUCGAGGAGGAAAUGAAAUCUGGCUUCUUCGAAAAGGCGCAGAGCUACGGCGCCGGCUAUGGCGUACCGACGCUAUGGAAGAACCCGAACGAGCUUUUCUAUCAGCCUACGGGGCAGGCCCUCCAGCACGUAAAAUUUAGGCAACCUGUGCCGAUUAACUCUCCGCUGAACUGCGGUCCGGCCGUCUUUAACGGGUCCUUGAACCUUUACGCCCCUUGCGAGGACUACGGCAAGCUGCUCCUGCUGUCGCUCGACACCAUCAUGGAUGCCCGCGAGAUUCUCGGCGUCCCUGCCCAGGCGGGCAGCUCUCCGUACUACGACUUCGGUGUGCGCUACAUCCCGUCCAAGAAGGAGCUGCAACUUACAAAGUCUCUUCUGACCCCCCUCGAUGCCAUCCCCGCUGCAUCCUCGUUCCACUACAACUGUGAGCAGGAUUUGGGCUGCUUCGGUAUCGCAUCAUGUGGCACGCGCAGCGCGCGCGUUUUCGCAAACAACCUGUCACGCAUGAUUCACCACUUGUUUGUGAAGCACGUCUUGGCGAAGGGGCUCGACCCGCUGAAGCAGGUGGACCUCGAUAAUCCUACCGAACAAGUCGAGGCGUCCGACGGCGAGAUCCAGAAGGUGCUCAAAAAGCAAAAGUUCACAUCGUACUUCAAAAAAUUCGAUGCUCACACGCGUCUGUAG